AUGGGUCGCAAGCCAAACCAGCUAAUCCUCGAGUUCUUCAUUCGAGGGCAGAAACUCGAGGAUGCCAGCAACCGUUAUCAACACACGUGCAAGGCCUGUGGUGAAAAGUUUCCCAAGGGUCGCAUCGACAGUCUGACCAACCAUUUGGUGAAGAAAUGCCAGGCGAUUCCGUUGCGUGACCGACAACGCGUCCUGUUGCGACUGCACGAGCUCCCCGACCUUGCCGACGGCGACCAGAACAAAGACCCCAACGCGAACAAAGGCAAAUCCGUCGAUCUGCCGUUUACCACCCGACAGAACUUUGAUGGUCUCAACGUUUUGGCCGAGGCCUCGAGGCAGGUGGGCGCCUCCGACCAGACCAAACGCGGUCCAGCAUACACACAGUCGGUGACUGUCGGGGGCAAGACCGUUGUCGUCGACCCUGCGCUUGAAGCCGAGGGCUUCCAGGGACAUGCUGCUCAGCCGGAGCAAAUGGAGGAGGACAUCAAGCCGCCUGGAACUCCUCAAACCACUAGCGCUACGGCUAUUCCUUCCCUCCCUAAUACUUCACAAGAUCAACCAUCAUCCGCGUCUCCUCCGCUGGCUGAGACAUCGUUGACUCCGGAUCCCGCGUCCAAUGUUCGCCAGUCGCAACUGUCGAUGAUCGCCGCCUCCGCCAGUGAAAUGGUUCCACAGGGGAUAUCCUUGGAUCAUGAUCCCAGUGGACUUCCCGAUGGACUGCCAAAAGUUGGCUCUGCCUGGAACCAGGCACUUUCGACUCAUGAGCAGCUGCUCUUCGACAGUCUUCAGGAGCACGACCCCACGUUGACCGCCGCGACACAACGCGCCGCCACCUUCCCUCGUCCCAUUGCGAUGAACCCUAACUCGCAGGCGAAGGGUUUCGUGAAUGAAUUUGGCAACUCCACCAAGCCGACGAAGCCCAAGGUUCGCGGGCGAUUUUCCGCCGCCAGGCGCAGGGAGGUUCAGGAAGUGCGGAAGCGCGGAGCUUGCAUUCGCUGUCGGAUGCUCAAGAAACCUUGCUCCGGCGACAGCCCUUGUACAACUUGCGCCAGCGUCGAGAGCGCGCGUCUUUGGAAACACCCAUGCAUUCGGACGCGCAUUGCUGAAGAGUUUGAACUUUAUAAUGCGAAUCUCCAUGCCACUCUCGCCUAUCAUGAUGUGAGCGGUGUCAGAAAUCAAAUCAAGUUCGAACACUAUGCUGGCCGUAUCGAGGUCACACACUUUGAAGAGAGCAUGGUCUUUGUGACGUUCAGCGGACUCCAAGGCCACAAGCCCUCUGUGUCGACACUUGACCCCCAACUCCAGGGUCUGGGAGAGGACCCACAGUUCCAAGGGCCCCUUCAUGAACUCUAUCUGCUCGAUAGCGACGCAGAUGACCUGCCUGGGAAACUCGAAAUGUAUAUUAAAAAGACCGCGCCAUUUUUCUACGAGCGAGAGACUUCUGAGUUCAUGAAGCCUACUUUGAUGUUAGCAGCGGAGUUGAGUCAACAGAAGAAGGAUGCCUUGCUGGAGCGAGUGCUUGAAUUGUGGGUUGCAACACAUAUUCUGGUUGACUCGGAACUACAAUGGAAAACAUACUGCAACCCGACCCUUCCGCCCACCUCGAUGCACUCCCUCGCGCAGCCUUCGGAUGAUGGCCGCAUGCCAAUUGAUGAGAUCACGAAUGGAGAAUCAUAUGCGCUCCUCUGCAGCCAGCUUCGCGCGGCGACUGAGAAGCGCGCUUCUCAGCUGAGCAAGUCGGUAAUGAACGACCUGGAACGCAGACUGCUUCAGCGCCAGCAAAGUGGCUGGUUUGAAACCUUUUUGGUUGCUAUCAUUCUUCUGAACUGCGUUGAGAGGACUUGCUGGCUGUUCCGCUCGUGGGAUGAUGAACAUUUCGCACAACGGUGGCCUCUGGACAAGCGUCCUCCAUACUAUGCAAACCAAGGCGACCGCUUCUCGGACAUUCUGCACAUGUUGCUGAAAAUGCGCAGUUUGCCCCCCAAGGCAAACCCACGGCCAGAAAAUGGCAUUCUCAAGGCGGUAGAAGGCAGUGAUGAGAAUGCAGCUCGUUGGUUUGAACUGAUCAAGGUUACUCCCCAUUUCCUAGACCAACGGCAAGCCGCGGUAUUUGAUCCGAGUGAUUCCCGAUCAUUUGAUCUUCACUAUGGGGCGAAAUUGUUACCGCCGGCCAAUGUGUACACAUGA